AUGAUUGUGGAUGCAAUCGUAUUGGUUCUUACGGAAACACUUGCAACGAGCAAGGGCAAUGCCGAUGUCUUCCGGGAGUUGCAGGCAAGAAAUGUGACCAUUGUAUGGACGGAUUCUGGGGUCUACAUCUAA